UUUGCUCCUUUAUGUUGAUGACAUAAUUCCGACCAAAUCAUCCCCGCCAUUGAAAAACCACCUAAUGACAAGAUUAUCUGCAGAGGUUUCAAUGUAAGAUUUGGGCCCUCUAUGCUAUCUUUUGGGCAUUGUGGUUACUCGAAUGCCAACUGGCCUCUUUUUAUCUCAACAAAAGCAUGCUCACAAUAUCCUCCAUUGUGCUAAGAUGGCUGAUUGCAAUCCUGUUCACACACCAAUUGACACAACCGGCAAGUUCUCCAUAUAUGCUGGUGAGUUAAUCAAAGAUCCAACUACAUAUCGAAGUUUGGCAAGGGCGCUGAUAUAUAUCCGGGAGCAUGCCCAAAGACUCUCCGUAGCCCGCCAAGGGAAAGACAGAUCAGGGGAAUAAAGCCCAAGUGUGGUGACAUUAAUUGGGUUGAAACUUCUCCAUUUUCCUGUCUUAGAACCCAACCCAACACCAUGGUUGUCCUACACCCACCCUAGGCUGAGCCCACACUCUCCAUACCUUCCCUAAACAUCCAAAAUAUUUCCUUUUCAAAAUAAAGUUUUCCUACUCCUAUUUUAGGCCCUGGCCGAAAAUAAGAGUGUGUAAACCACAACCUUUGUUUGUUGUUAUUUUCUUUCUUUUAAACCUUUUAAUAAACAAAUAAAACCUUCUAUCCUUUUCUAUAAAUCCCAGGCCAAAUA